UUGGCCAGCCGUACGCUACCAGAGAACCAGAACAAAAAGCUCGCAAACCAACAAUUUGCUAAUCCCCAUUUCCACCUUUUCUUGUCACGAUUGUUAUUCGCAUCGUUCGUCUCCCACCGCCGGUCGGCCGAAACCCUAAUCAUGGCUUCCGCCGACGGCACCUCGCCGUCAUCGGACCGCCGUGGCGGCCUCCGGCGGCUUCUCCCCCUUCGGAAGGACUUCAUUUCUCCGAAGCCCGCCGCCGAACGGAACCCACUGAUCAUCCCUUCGUCCCGUUCUCCUCCUCCUCCUCCUGCCUCUCCACCUGCGCCUCCCGGUAGCAAGAAAAAGGGCUUCGCGGCCGCGGCCUUCCGGGGGCUCGGCUGCGCCUCCGCCGCCUCCUCCCAGGCCUUGGUCCCGGCCGCCGCCGCCGUAGUUCGGUCGUCGGCCGACUGGCAGGGGAAGCGGCCCCGGCGGCGGAGGACCAAGCAGAAGAAGGAGCGGCGGGGCCAAGCGGGCGGUGGCGAUGUGUGGUGCGCCCCGGGGAUUCCCUUCGCGGCCGAUGCCUCCGUGGACUGUGUCGUAUCGCACCAUCAGAUGAUCGGUCGUGGAAGGGCGAAUGGAGAGAGAAUUCACAGAGAGCGGGCUUUCGUUUCUAGAAGGGAUAACAACCAAGAGCAGAUCUCAUCCUUCAUGGAUUCUCCCUCAAAUCUUGAAUCACGUUUCUUUGGAUCUGAACUCCUACCAUCAGGGCAUCUUCGUCAUUUGCGAGGAUAUCACCGCUCUCCUGGUGGAAUUGAAGAGAUCAUGAUGUUCCAGACUAGGGUAUUGUUGGGAGGAAUGGAUGUAUAUGAUCAAUACCAGGAUUGGCGGCUUGAUGUUGAUAAUAUGUCAUAUGAGGAAUUGCUUGAAUUAAGCGAUAGGAUUGGAUAUGUGAGUACUGGGUUGAGAGAGGAUGAGAUCACUCGCAAUCUCAGGAAAGUUAAACAUUCAAUUUUUGAUGCUCCAGCCAUACACAUCUCAUCUGAAAUUGAAUGGAAAUGCAGCAUUUGUCAAGAAGAAUAUGAAGCCAAUGAUGAAAUGGGAAAACUGGAAUGUGGUCAUAGCUAUCAUAUAUGUUGCAUAAAACAAUGGCUCUCUCAGAAGAAUGCUUGCCCUGUUUGCAAGACAGCUGUACCUAAAGCCUAGUGCAGACUGAUGCACGGACAGAACUGAGAUCAUCAUUUGUCCUCCCUCGUGUAUAGCUUUUGCGCUUUGGCCCCAAGAUAAAAAGAGCAUUCAUUUGUAGUUCUGUUUGCUGAUAGAAAAAUGGCAGUUUCAUGGCUUUUGGUAGGAUUGGCCACAACCUUCUUGUAGUUCUAGUUUAGUUAAAACUGAAUCCAUGUAUUUAAUCUUUGUUUGAGCAAGCAACCAUUUUAUAUAUUAUGCCUUAAUGUAGUUUUCCCAUUCAACUUGAAUCCAACCAUGCUUGCAACAAACAAAUUGUACGGAGAGAUCUGAAUUUUGCAUCUCAUAUUGGAUUAUU